AUGACUUUUCUGCAAAUUUUUUGUCAUAUUCGGGUAAGCACACGGGUAAGUUUUAUCUCGCUGUGCGCUACCUCGAUGGCAGUCAAUACUGUGCGCGCAAUAAAAAGGGAGAUUGAUCUUGUUUUAGACGCAUACAAACGCGCUGAUGGAACUAAGGUUGACGGACGGAGACUGAUUGUUGACUACGAAAGAGGACGGACGCAGAAGUCAUGGCUACCAAGAAGGCUUGGCGGUGGAAAGGGAGACACGCGUCGAGCUAGGGAGUCUAGGGCUGCAAUGGAGGAACGAGAAGCUGCCGGUUUGCCUCCACUGGAUGUUCCUCGAGAUCGCGAUAGGGAUAGAGGUGAUUCGCCGCGCACACGUGAUAGCUAUCGUGACCAUGAGCGAAAUGGGUCGUCGCGUCACCGUAGUCGAUCUCGCGACCGCGGACAUAGAGAUCGCGGCUAUGAUCGCGAUCGCGGCUAUGGGAGAGACAGGAGAGAUAAUGGUUAUGGAAGAGAUGACCGUAGGAGCGGAUUUCGUGGUCCUCCUCCUCCAUACGGGCGGGACAGGAGAUAG